AUGGCCAAAACCCCUAGUACUGUCACUGAGUUUGGCGCAAUCAUUGCAGUCAUCACCCAGAACCUCGACGGAUAUAGCGGGGGUCUCCAAAAUUGGAUGUGCCUCUUCAAGCAGAGUGCCCAGCCUCUGAGCGACUACACAAUCGAAGAGCUGUCCCCACUUGCAGCUCUAUUAAAGAGCUCAAAUAUACUCCAUACCAUCGCACUUCUAGACUGUGACUCGCAGACAUUAUUGCCCGAGGGUUUCUUCCCCUGGACCGGUAAGACUGCGUGCAAUCAUUACAUUAGCAACGAAGACAAUCCAAUUCUGGAGAGGAAUAGUCUGCAUAUUUAUAGAAGAUAUUAUGAAGCGCGAGAGGCAUUGCUGCCCCUCAGAAAGGGGAUUCAGGACGUCAUAGCCGCCAAGUUUAACAUUCAGAAGCCAGAAUUUGAACAGAGGCUUCAUGAGAAUAGGAAGGCAAUACUGCUCAGCCAGGCAAUCUAUCAGCCUAUGAGUGAAGAAGACCAAGACGUGUUAUACGGUGAGUUUGUUGCAACACAAACCCAAAAGUUUCAUAAAGCAGACUCAGUUGAGUAUUCACCGUUAACCGGAAUCAUCUUUAAUUUCAAAGAUGGAGAGCCUGUAUUGUAA